CCUUUCGCCCAGUGUCAGCUGGGAUUGGCUCCAGCUCCCCGCGACCCUGUACGCAGGAUAAGCGGUUGACGAUGGAUGGAUGGAUGGAUGAAUAGUUAGAUAAAUGUGGUUGUUUUUGACAGUGAGGAAAAGAUCGCCGCUAGAGGGCAGCCUCUCCCAAGGCAAAACAGGAAGUUGAAACGGAAAUAGAUUUUAUCUUCAUCGAGGAAGGAGCGGAACCAAACAAACGAUACUCAUUUUCUGCACGUUUUCAGCUCAUUUUUCUGCUUUAUCGCAUAGUUUCGACAAAAAACACACCAUGCCCGUUAUUUGUGCGGCAAUCGGGUGCAACAAUAAGUUUGUCAAAGGCUCGGAAAUACGAUUUUACAGGUUCCCACUCAGCAAGCCUCAACUUGCCAGCAAAUGGGUGCACAGCCUGGGGAUGAAAAACUUCAUCCCAACUGCCAACACCUGCCUCUGCUCAGAGCACUUCAGGGCCGACUGCUUCAGGGAUUACAAUGGCAAACAGUUUCUGAGGGAGGAUGCAGUGCCCACCAUAUUCACCCAUUCGCAAGAUUCAUCAAAGGUGUGAUUGAACUGCGUAAAAGGGGCGUGAUACCAAAGGAGGCAAACGUUGCAAAUCAAAUGGGAACACAAGCAGACAGAGACAGAGUGAGAGAAGCCACCAGUCUACGCAGAGAAAAACGAGGAGGAAUGAGGGGUGGACGAGGAGGCCGUGGAGGAAAACAACUGUCUGACAGUCUUUCAUCCCGUGCAUGCAGACAAAGCAUUGGAGCCAAGAGCAGAGUGUACGACAACAAAGGCCGACUGCUCUCUAACAGCAAGGACAUGUGUGACUGUCUGGAUGUGGAUUGUAUGGGAUGCUUCUACCCCUGCCCCGACUGCGGCUCACGCAAGUGUGGAGUCGAGUGCCGCUGCGACAGGAAGUGGCUUUAUGAGCAGGUGGAGGUCGAGGGUGGAGAGAUCAUCCGGAACAAGUUUGCUAUUUAGUUUAGGUUUUAAAUGCUUAAUCAUGUUAUUGGGAUGCUUCUGGGAAUCACCCUAAUGUCAGUUGCAAGUGUGCAUGACUGAGAUGCUUUUUUGAAGGAGUCUUCGGCAAUAACUGAUAUUCAUCGGGUUUUGCAAAGCUACUGCCUGUGGUAGAAACUUAUGCAGGACAAUGUAAGUAUUCUGCUGAUUGUUCAAUUUGUUGUUUCUGUUUCUUUUUUAUUAAAAGAUUUAAAUUUGUCUUAA